UCUCCCCGGGUGGGCGGAGAGAAGGCGGCACCUUGGGAGACAUUCUGGCCGCGAGGGGCGGGACCGUGGCUCGCCUCCGAAUCCCUGAGGCUCACCUCAGCAAGACCAUUUGGAGCCUCCAAACUGGAGCUGGAACUAGAGUUCCGUGGUGUGGGGGCCGCGGCUGCCGGGCAGCGGCUCCUACAGGCCGACGUCAGGGCGAAUGAACCGGAGACGGUGGCGGUCUCCCGGCCCGGCAGCCGGACCCGGGCCGUGCUGCGCUGGUUCAUCACCGCGAUCCUGUGUGCCGCCUUCCUGGGGCUGGGAAUGAGUAUUGCUAUACUGGGACCCACAUUUCAAGAUUUGGCAAGGAAUGUAAACAGAAACAUCAGUAGUCUUUCUCUCAUUUUUGUGGGCCGUGCCUCUGGAUAUUUGUGUGGCUCUAUGAUUGGUGGAGUUCUUUUUGAUUGUAUGAAUCAUUUUUUACUUUUGGGGGUUUCACUGUUGGCUACCACAGUUGGUCUUUUUGUUAUUCCUUUUUGCAAGGCAGCAGUGUUACUGAUUWUCAUGAUAUCUGUCAUUGGCGUUUCAAUGGGCGUUCUGGAUACAGGUGGUAACGUCCUCAUCUUGGCUAUUUGGGGGGAUGAAGGAGCCCCACACAUGCAGGCCUUACACUUCAGUUUUGCCUUGGGUGCCUUUCUGGCUCCAAUUCUGGCUAAAUUGGCACUGGGUACCUCAGUGUCUGCUGAAAACCACACAGAGCCUGCCUUUCAGCCUCCAGCCACCAAUGGAUCAUCUGCUGACUCAGCCCUUCUGUUUGGAUUGCCUGAUGACAUGAAUCUACUCUGGGCUUAUGCUUUUAUCGGCACUUACAUUUUCAUAGUGUGUCUCUUUCUGUUUGCUUUGUUUUUCAAGAAAAGCUCAGGGCAGGAAAAAGCAAAAGCAUCUGCUCAGGCAUAUCGAAGAGCUGAAUAUCACAAGACCCUUCUCUGCCUCCUUUUCUUGUUCUUCUUUUUUUAUGUUGGAGCAGAGGUAACAUAUGGCUCUUAUGUUUUCUCCUUUGCCACCACCYAUGCUGGCAUGGAAGAACRYGAAGCAGCUGGGUUGAACUCCAUCUUCUGGGGGACCUUUGCAGCCUKCAGGGGCCUGGCGAUAUUCUUUGCUGCAUGUCUACAGCCGGGCACCAUGAUUGUGUUGAGCAACAUUGGCAGCCUGGCUUCAUCUUUAUUUCUGGUGUUAUUUGACAAGAGUCCAUUCUGUCUCUGGAUUGCCACUUCGGUGUAUGGGGCCUCAAUGGCAGCCACAUUUCCCAGUGGUGUUUCCUGGAUUGAGCAGUACACGACCAUAAGUGGGAAAUCAGCAGCCUUUUUUGUAGUUGGUGCAGCCCUGGGAGAAAUGGCUAUUCCUGCAGUAAUUGGAAUUGUUCAGGGACAAUACCCAGAUUUGCCCAUAGUUCUGUACACCUGUUUGGGAUCAGCAAUAUUCACUGCUGUUAUAUUUCCUGUGAUGUAUAAAUUAGCCACCUUGCCUCUGGAUCGCCAGCGAAAAGCUAACAGAAAGAGUGAGGACCAAAAGUCUUUGCUUUCCAACUCUGAACUGAAUGACUAUGAGGAGGAGAAUGAAGGGGAGGAUGCAGAAAAAUGGAAUGAAAUGGAUUUUGAAGUAGUAGAAAUGAAUGAUACAAUGGGACCUAUUGUCAUAGAACAUUCUGGAAAUAUUUUGAUGGAGCCCACAGCUGAUGUCUCCACCCAGUUCCUGUCAAGUACAUUAAUAUUUAAAUCUUCCCCAGUUAAUACUGGUGAUUCCCCUGUGAAACACCUUGCCAGAAGUGUGGAAAAAAGGGACUAGCAUUUAGAGAAGAUGAAUUAUUUACUGACUGCCGUGAAUAAAUGCCACUUUUAAAGAGGGCAGAGCAGCAUUACCAGAUUUCAGCAUGCUUUGGGGAUCAAAGUUUCAAGGCCCACUUAUAGCAAAUGCUGAAGAUUUGAAAUGUUCUAAUUCCCAGUGUUUCCCACAAAGUAUCAAUUGUGUGGUUCAGUAGGACCUUGUUUUGAGACUAUUGUGUAUCAUAGGCUGAUUAGGUAAUAUUUUCUGUAUCUACCUUUCAGAGCACACAAACCCUUUUUUUUUUUUUUCCUUCUUGAGAAGUUGGGUAGUGUUCGACUAGAACAAAAUCCGUUAUGUGUGGGAUGGAUAUUCCAUUCAAGUAUCAGGCAUGUUCUGCCAAAGAUGUUGGGCAGAGAAAUUUCAUGAUUAUCUCUGGAAACAAAUAGUUGUUUUAUUAAUUGCUUUACCUUAUCUUUAUUGUUGGACCAAAGAUUGUUAAAGACUCAUUUGAUAUUUGAUUUCUAGGCAGAGAACACAAAGCCAAGCCCAAGAGACCUGGGUUCAAGACAGGAGUCUGGCUUAGGGCUCUCAGUAUAGGUCUUGUUUAUGUUAUCACUUGAUCUGUGACUCCAGAAAUGGAAGUGAUAUGAGAUCCAAAUUGAGAAACUCCUAGGUUUUAAAGUUUGUGUAGGAUGACAGCUAGCACAUUCUUCAUUUCAAAUGAGAAUUGAAACAAAAAUGGUAAAUGGCUUUAAGUAUGAGCUAUUGUGUAUGAAUUCAUUCCAA